GACGAAGAGCGUGGGCAAAUUAGCUACGAGGCCCGCACCAUCCGCAAUGCGAAGGACAAGGCGCAGCGAGCUCUCAAAAUCAAAGGCACCAACUACAGGGACUUGGCGGACCGUUUUGACAAAGAUCCAACCUUUGCGGCCCGGCAAGCGGAGCAUGGCCUGACACGCAUGGACAUGCGUCGGCUCCAGGCGAAUUUCCGGGCCUCCAAGUCCGAAGUCAAUGCCAAGCUUGUCAUCUAUGAUGGCGUUGGCAUCGAGGAGCUGCAGGCAUUGGGACUGGCUGAUCAGCAGAUGCGCGUGAACAUGGGGUUGGCCCUCGGCAACGAGGAUGCCCGAAAGGUUCUCACCUUUAAUGGACUCGUGAACCUGCAGGCCACAACCUUCGACUCGCUCAAGGAGGAGAUAAAUGAGCUGAUUGUGGGCAGCCAUGAGGCGGCCAAGGCUAAGGUCAGGUCCGACCAGCCGGCACGUGCCAAGCAGUCUGCGAUUUCCAAGGCUAAGUCUAAGGCUAGCCCAUCCACUGUCCGUCCGCAGUGGUCUGAAGAAGACUGGAACAAGUGGAAUUACGGAGGCUAUCACGGCCGCACAUGGUGCUCGGCCGCCGAAUGGCGCCGGUACUGGGGCCAUUAA